CCGUUUGGUUGCAGUCUGCACCAGAGAGAGCAAGGGGCCGGGGCGAACAGGUGGACACACAGAGAGAGAGGCUAUAUUCUACCUGCCUGCUGAGUUUCCCUGUAGCUUCCACAGAGUCGCUUUGGCGGCCGUUUCCGUGUCAGAAUGAGUAUGUACGGGUCUCAGAAGGCCCUGUACACGGGCUGCAGGGUCGGCUCCAAAGGCGACUUGACUGGUGGGGGGACUGUCCAGUACUGUCCGCCUCCGUGCGAGAUCCUGCACGGAGGCGGUAAUGGAUACGAACCCUACAUGGACGGAGAGUACAACACCUACACCUUUUCAAAGACAUCUGGAGGCGGCAUGGGGGGCGGAAUGUCACGCGGAAAAAUGAGCGGCACGGGAGGCGGAAUGAUGAGCACAAUGUCGAGCGGUAUGGUGAACGCUGCAAUGUCGGGCGGCAGGGGAGGCGGAAUGAUGAGCGGCUCUGGAGGCGGAAUGUCGAGCGCAGUGGCAGGCGGAAAGUCGAGCGGAAUGGGAGGCGGAACGAGUCCCUGCAGUUCCAUCCAGCAGAGGGCCAUGAUCCUGCAGGCCCAGUGCCAGGAUUACCUGAAGAAAGCAGACUACGCCCUUCAGUCUGGCAGUGCCCCAAAUGAGGCAGAGCGCUACAUGAUGAAGGCCAAAGAUAUCAUUGAGCAGCUUAAGGCCUGCGCGAUGGACCUGAGAGAUCUGGGACAGCCCAAUGACAACGUAGUCAGGACUUUGGAGAUAUGUAAAGACCAGCUGAAGGGGGUCCACAUGGCCAUCUCUGGCACCAUGCACAGGAGGAGGAGCACGAGAGGGGGCUCCGGAGGCUGGGAGGAGCCGGGAAAGAGCUACCAAGACGCUAUGGCAUGGAUUGCACAGCAAAAGCGUCUGAUAGAAACGGCUUCCUGGGGAGACGAUCCUGCAGCCAUCAAGCAGCAGCUCAGCAGCCACCAGAACUUUCACAGCUCAAUCCAGAGGGCCAGUGAGGUGGAGCGAGCCAAAGGCGACCUGUUUAGGAAAGGAGACAAGGGAAAUAUUCACGCUCUGGAUCAGGAAUGGGACAGUCUACAGCAAAUGUCAAUCGGUCGGAUCGAGCAGCUGCAAGAACUCAAGAGCGUCAUUCAGGACAUGUCCAAAGAGAUCAUGUGGGUGAACGACAGGGAGGAGGAGGAGCUGAUGUUCGACUGGGGAGACAAGAACAUCGACCAGUACAUCCCACAGAAGCAGGAGAGCUACUCGAAGCUGAUGAGUGCCCUGGAGGACAAAGAGAAGGACCUGAAUAAGCUGACAGCCAGAGUAGAUGCCCUCCUGAAGAACAACCACCCGGCUUCAGACAAGAUUGAGGCUUACAAGGACACUCUGCAGACUCAGUGGAGUUGGCUUCUUCAAAUCACCAAGUGCAUUGACAUUCAUCUGAAGGAGAAUGCAGCCUACAGCCAGUUCUUCAAAGAGGCCAAUGAGACGUACAGCAUUCUGCAGAAGGAACAUGAGACGGUCCGUAAGAGAUUCACCUGUGACAAGAACACUCCACUGGAGAACCUAGUGGAGCUCCUCAAGGGUCUGGAGAGGGAGAAAGAGAAGAUUAUGGAAAACAAGAGGCAGGUUCAACAUCUGGUCAGCAAGUCCAGGAGCAUUGUGAGGCUGAAACCCAGAAACCCUGAAGAGAAGAGCAGCAACCCCACCAUCGUCAAAGCCCUGUGUGACUUCAAACAAGACCAGAAGGUGAUCUGUAAGGGAAAUGAGGCGAUCCUAAAGGACAACAGUCAACGCAGUAAGUGGAACGUGACAGGCCCGGGAGGACUGGAUAUGUUGGUACCCUCUGUGUGCCUGAUCGUACCGCCUCCCAACCCGCUCAGCAUCAGUCUGGCCAACAAGAACGAGCAGUACUAUGAGGCCAUCCUGCAAAUCUGGAGUCAGCUGUACAUCAAUGUUAAGAGUCUCAUCGCCUGGCAGUACUGCCUCCUGGAUAUCAGAAAAAUCAACUCCCUUACCAUCAGCGUGCUGUCCAGCAUGCGUCCUGAGGAAUACCGCCAACUUAUCAAGAGCCUGGAGACUCACUACGAGGAGUUCCGAGUGAACAGCCACGGCUCCCAGAUGUUUACCGACGACGACAAGAGAGGCAUGGAGAGCCAGUUCAACGGAGCCCAGGACCACUAUGAGCAAAUAGUGGUGCAGCUGCCGACUUACAUUGCACAACAGGAACACAUAGAAGUGCAGCAGGCAGCCGAGGAGCAACAACAACAGCAGCUGAUCAUAAUACAGCAGCAGCAACAUGCCGCCGCCGAAGCGGAGGCCAGGAGGCGCGAAGAGGAGGCCAGGAGGCGCGAAGAGGAGGCCAGGAGACGAGAAGAAGAGGCUAGGAGGCGCGAAGAGGAUAGACGAAGAGUGGAGCAGAAAAAGAGGGUAAAAGAAGUGAAGGUGGUGACUAAAGAGAUUAAGACGGUUGAGGUGCCCAGGACAUCCUCCCGCAGCUUAUCUGAGCUGCACGCGCUCAGACUGAGGCUGGAGGGCGCCGAGGGCUCGCUGAGUCAGCACGUUCACAUCUGCCUCGGAGACAACGAGAUGCACGACUGUGGCCUCAAGAUCUCUCAGUUAGAGACGGUGCAGCGUGACGUCGACUCGAUGCGCCAGGAGUACUUGCGUCUGAGGGAGAGUAUCUCCAAGGAGCUGGAGGGCAUGAGUGAUUCAGAUAAAGCCCAGUUCCUCCGCAGUGAGAUCGGAGUCAUCGACCAAAGACUGGCCAGUCUGGAGAGCAGCUCAUCAGCUUACCUGCAACGGCUGCAGGCUCUAAGAGACAUGCUGGAGUGUGUGGCACAAGCUGAAGACAUAGUGAAAGUUCACGAGGCGAGGCUGACAGAGAAAGAGACCACCUCUCUGUCGCCCAGUGAAGUCGAGGACUACACUUUGACCCUGAAGAAUAUUAAAGCAGAGCUGGACCAGAAGAAGGAUGUUCUGGCCUCCAUGGAGGCGGCAUUGGCCAAAGCCAGCCACUGGAACGGGCAGGUGAGCGGACCCUUCCACAGGUGUGACAUGAUGCUGUCCAAAUACACCGAGGAGGUGGGCCUGCUGUCUGACCGCUGGAGACGACUCCAGGGCCAGAUUGACACCAGAGUCCUGGAUUUGCAGUUGUAUCAUCCUCAGCUGCAGACCUACAAGCAGACCAGUAGCUCCCUUAUUGACUGGAUUGAUGCCACACGCAAAAAACAAGACACCCUACAGACCACCAAGAUAGAGAGCAUCCAAGCGCUGACAGACCAUAUUAACAAGCAGAAGGCCCUGAACUCGGAAAUCAUAGAGAGACGGGAGACAGUAGAGAGUGUGCUGAAGGACAACGAGGCCUGUGUGAAUUCUAUCAAGGACUAUGAAACGGACCUGGCCUCUUACACCUCUGGUUUAGAGACGUUGCUCAACAUCCCCAUCAAAAGGACGAUGCUGAAGUCGCCAUCGACGGAUCUUAAUCUGGAAGCUACACAACUGCAGACCCGUUACAUGGAGCUGCUCGCCCAUUCUGGCGACUACUACAAAUUCUUGGGAGAGCUGCUCAAAAACAUGGAGGAGCUCAAGAUUCGUAACACCAGGAUUGACCUGUUAGAGGAAGAACUUCGCCUGCUGAGGGAGAAUAUGCAAGACCGCGACGCCAAGAACAAAUCUCUGGAGGACGCCGUUUCCCGUUACAAGCUGGAGUUGUCCAGCGUGCAGAAUCAGAUGCUGUCGAUAGAGGAGGUGAAGCAAAGCACUACGCUGCAGUGCAAUGCCACCAAGGACCGCCUGGACACCACUAAGAGCCAGCUGGCGGACCUCAACGAUGAGGUGACACGUCUCAACUACUUGCUCGAGGAAGAAAAGAGGAAGAGGAGGCUGGCGGAGGAGCGCUACACUACGCAGCAGGAGGAGUAUGAGUUGGUGCUGAGGAAGAGGCAGAAGGAGCUGGAGACGAUCAGCCGGUCCAAGGUGGAGGUGGAGAAGAGUGAGCUAAAUAAGGAGCAGGAGAUCCAACAGCUGCGGCGGCAACUGGCUGAGGAUGGAGAGAGGAUCAAGGAUCUACAGAAGGAGAUGUCAAAGGUAAGGAGCCUAUGCAGUACAGAGAUCAAUAACUUUAAGCUCAGCUACGAAUCCCAGAUCCAUAUCGGCCGCACAGACAUCCAGAUGCUGGAAACCCAGAGGAAGCAGGAUGCAGCUGACUUUCAGCUGCAGUAUGACAGGAUGGAGGCAGAGAGGAGGAAUCUGGAGGAGGAGCUCAGGAGGCUCAGAAUGUCAAUGAGCCAGGCUGAGGAACACAGGAAGAGGGCAGAAGAAGAGGCUCACAGUCAGCGCGCUGUCAUCACAGAGGAAGGGCGCAGGAGGAGAGAAGUGGAAAGUCAGGUGGAGGUGCUGAUGAGGCAGAGAGUCGAGGAGAGCAGCCAGUAUGCAGAGGAGCUGGCUGAAGUCAUGAAGAGUCUGCAGGAGAAGAGCGAGGAGCUGACCUAUGUUACACACAGCCUGGAGGAGGAGACCCGCAGGAGGAGAACUAUAGAAGAAGGGCAGGGUGUGCUUGAGCAGACUUUGGCCCAGCUGCAGGUGAAGCUAAAAAGUUCGUCAAUGGCUGCGACCCAGCUGGGGGAGUGCAAGGAGGAGCUUCUGAAGAUGCGUUCGGAGCUGGAGAAAGAGAGCCGGGAGCGAAGCAGAGUGGAAGAGAACAUGAACAGGUUGCAGGGACGCAUGAAGGACCUUCAGGCUGUGAGAGAUGGGCUGGAGAGCCAAGUGGAGAAUCUGAGGAAGGCUAACCAAGAGGAGGUGUCCAGAAGAAGGCAGGUAGAAACAGAGCUGGAAAACACCACCAUGGCCAUGACAGAGUACACCAGCACCAUUACCACUCUACGCCAGAGCCAAGAACAUGCCAGCCUGUCAGAAAAGAGAGGUGAAGAAGAGCGUCUUAGGUUGCAGGAGGAGCUGGAGAGAAGCUUGAGACAAAACAAGACCUCUGCAGAUCGCGUGGCACAGCUGAGCGUCGAGCUGAAGGCCCUGCAGCAACAACUCCUCCAGGAGCAGGCCAGAGGCAAAGAGGCAAACCUCAGGAAUGAGGGCCUUUACAGAACUAUAGAGGAGAAGAGUAAGACACUGAAUGAGAACUCCGUUGAGCUUCAAAAGCUAAAGGAGAUGACAGAAACCCAGACCAAAGAGAGGCUGAGGCUGGAGGAGGAACUAAGGGCAAUGCGACAUGCUAAAGAUGAACUCCUGAGAUCCAAACAGGGAAGUGAUGAUGAGCUCUCUUCCCAGAUUACUGCCCUGGAGCUGCAGCUGCAGACCAGUCAGCGAAGCAAUGCAGAUUAUCGCAACCUGGUCUCAGAGCUCUCCUCAGAGAGGGAGAAACUCAAGCUGGAGACUGAGGAAAUACAAAAGCAGGCCACCGAGACAUCGGCCAUGAUGCAAUCCAUUCAGUCCCAGCACAGUGAGAUUGUGAAUGAGAGAGAUGCUCUUUUGUUAAAGUUGCAAUUGUCAGAAAAGGACAAAGAUCGUUACAUAAGGCUAGAGGAGGAACUUAGUCGCAUUAAAUUGUCCCAAGAUUCUGAGCUUCGCAAUAAGCAACGUCUACAGGAGGAGAUUGAGAGAAUGAAGAGGGAUGUAGGUUACUGGAAAGAUCAGUAUGAAAGUAAGGAGGGCCUGAUCAGGCAAUAUGACAUAGACAAGGAACGUCUGGAGAGGGAAAAGAACUCUUUGAAAAGUGAGAUAGAAAGGCUGAUGAGGGAACUCAGGGAGCUUGAUGAGAUAUAUAAAAGUAGACUGUCAACCAUGCAGAAAGAACUGCAAGAGGUGGCCAUUGUCAAAAGAACCAUGGAAACUGAGCUGACGAGAGUUAGAGAGCCCCCAACCUUGGAUGCCUCCACUUUGGUUUUUGAUGGAGUCCGUAAGCCAGUCACAGCAAACCAGUUGCUUGACUGUGGUGUUUUGGACAAACCAACAUUCAGCCAGCUUGUGAAAGGGCAUAAGACUGUCCCUGAAGUGUCGGUCGACAAAAAAAUCAGUCUCAAAGGGACCGGCCCAAUUGCUGGGGUGGUAAUUGAAGGUCCGAAAGGUUCAGGGUCUAUUACUGCACCCCAAUACAAAAUGACUUUCACCGAAGCCAAGAAAGAGAAUCUGAUGCCAUCAGAUAGCGUUGACCUGCUACUAGAUGCUCAGGCUGCCACAGGCCACAUAAUUGACCCCAGGACUAAUCAGAAGUUGACAGUUGAAGAGGCAUACAAUCAAGGUGUGGUUGAUGAAGAAGACAGAGAAAGGUUGCUAGCAGCAGAAGCUGCAGCUGUAGGAUAUGGUGGUCCUGGUACAAGCAAACCCCUUUCAGUAUUUCAGGCCAUGCAGAAAGGACUGAUUGACAAGACCACAACACUGCGUCUGCUACAAGCCCAGGAGUCUGUGGGGGGCAUCCUAGAUCCCGUACUCAGUGUGUUCCUUCCCAAAGAUACAGCUAUUGAGCGUAAUCUAAUUAAUGAUGACAUAUAUCGUGCUCUGAAUCAGAGGCCUGAGCUCUACCUGGACCCAGAAAGUGAGGAUGGUGUGACCUAUAUGUCAAUGAAGAGGAGAUGUAAGGUAGAGCCACACACAGGCCUUCUGCUUCUUCCUAUCCCUGAGAAGGUACACCCCUCCAAACUCAUCUUUGAUGGUGUUCGGAAACCUGUCACAGCCAAGCAGCUGCUUGAUUGUGGUGUCCUGGACAGGCCAACAUUUAAAGCUCUAGAAAAUGGGGAGAGAAAUGUCCCAGAGGUGUCUGUAGACAAAAACAUUAAUCUGAAGGGGACUGGGCCUAUUGCUGGGGUUGUAGCUGGGAGUCAAGGAAAAAUGUCUUUGUCAGAAGCCAAGAAACAGCUGCUCCUGCCUGAAGAUAGUGCAGAUUUGCUACUGGAAGCCCAAGCUGCCACAGGUCACAUCAUUGACCCCAGGACCAAUCAGAAGCUGACCGUAGAGGAGGCAUGCGCCAGAGGUUUGGUGGACCCUAAAGAUAGAGACAGAUUAUUGGCAGCUGAAGCUGCUGCUGUGGGAUACAAGGAUUCUAGCGCAGCCAAGCCUCUCUCGGUGUUUGAGGCCAUGAAGAAGGGAUUAAUUGACAGGAAGACUGGCCUACGCCUGCUGCAGGCCCAGGAGUCUGUGGGAGGCAUUCUAGAUCCCAAUCUCAGUGUGUUCCUCCCCAAAGAUACAGCUAUCAAGCGCAGCCUUUUGGAUGAAAACCUCCGUCAAGCUCUAAACCAGAGUCCUGAGUGUUACCGUGACCCGGAAACUGAGCGUGAUGCCAGCUAUGGAGCAUUAAAGAAAAGGUGUAAGACAGAGCCUCACACAGGGCUAUUACUUUUGCCAAUCACUGAGAAGCUAGAUCCUUCCAAACUGAUCUUUGAUGGUGUUCGUAAGCCAGUAACAGCACAACAGUUGCUUGACUGUGGGGUGCUGGACAAACCCACACUUAACCAACUAAUGAAGGGAGAGAAAACUAUUCCACAGGUGUCUGUGGAUAAGAAAAUCUUUUUAAAGGGGACAGGAUCAAUUGCUGGUAUGGCAGUUGGACCCUUAGGGAAAAUGUCUUUAUCAGAGGCCAAGAAACAGAUGCUCAUGCCCCCAGAUAGUGCAGAUUUGCUACUGGAUGCACAGGCUGCCACAGGACACAUCAUUGACCCCACAACCAAUCAGAAGCUGACAGUAGAGGAAGCAUGUGCCAGAAGAGUGGUGGAUAUUAGAGAUCGAGACAGACUCUUGGCAGCAGAAGCUGCUGCUGUGGGCUACCGGGAUCCUAGCACAGCUGAACCUCUUUCAGUGUUUGAGGCAAUGAAGAAGGGAUUAAUUGACAGGAAGACUGGACUACGUAUGUUGCAGGCCCAGGAGUCUGCUGGUGGCAUCCUAGAUCCUGUACUCAGUGUGUUCCUUCCCAAAGACACAGCUAUUGAGCGUAAUCUAAUUAAUGAUGACAUAUAUCGUGCUCUGAAUCAGAGGCCUGAGCUCUACCUGGACCCAGAAAGUGAGGAUGGUGUGACCUAUAUGUCAAUGAAGAGGAGAUGUAAGGUAGAGCCACACACAGGCCUUCUGCUUCUUCCUAUCCCUGAGAAGGUACACCCCUCCAAACUCAUCUUUGAUGGUGUUCGGAAACCUGUCACAGCCAAGCAGCUGCUUGAUUGUGGUGUCCUGGACAGGCCAACAUUUAAAGCUCUAGAAAAUGGGGAGAGAAAUGUCCCAGAGGUGUCUGUAGACAAAAACAUUAAUCUGAAGGGGACUGGGCCUAUUGCUGGGGUUGUAGCUGGGAGUAAAGGAAAAAUGUCUUUGUCAGAAGCCAAGAAACAGCUGCUCCUGCCUGAAGAUAGUGCAGAUUUGCUACUGGAAGCCCAAGCUGCCACAGGUCACAUCAUUGACCCCAGGACCAAUCAGAAGCUGACCGUAGAGGAGGCAAGCGCCAGAGGUUUGGUGGACCCUAAAGAUAGAGACAGAUUAUUGGCAGCUGAAGCUGCUGCUGUGGGAUACAAGGAUUCUAGCGCAGCCAAGCCUCUCUCGGUGUUUGAGGCCAUGAAGAAGGGAUUAAUUGACAGGAAGACUGGCCUACGCCUGCUGCAGGCCCAGGAGUCUGUGGGAGGCAUUCUAGAUCCCAAUCUCAGUGUGUUCCUCCCCAAAGAUACAGCUAUCAAGCUCAACCUUUUGGAUGAAAACCUCCGUCAAGCUCUAAACCAGAGUCCUGAGUGUUACCGUGACCCGGAAACUGAGCGUGAUGCCAGCUAUGGAGCAUUAAAGAAAAGGUGUAAGACAGAGCCUCACACAGGGCUAUUACUUUUGCCAAUCACUGAGAAGCUAGAUCCUUCCAAACUGAUCUUUGAUGGUGUUCGUAAGCCAGUAACAGCACAACAGUUGCUUGACUGUGGGGUGCUGGACAAACCCACACUUAACCAACUAAUGAAGGGAGAGAAAACUAUUCCACAGGUGUCUGUGGAUAAGAAGAUUUUUUUAAAGGGGACAGGAUCAAUUGCUGGUGUGGGAGCUGGACCCUUAGGGAAAAUGUCUUUAUCAGAGGCUAAGAAACAGAUGCUCAUGCCCCCAGAUAGUGCAGAUUUGCUACUGGAUGCACAGGCUGCCACAGGACACAUCAUUGACCCCACAACCAAUCAGAAGCUGACAGUAGAGGAAGCAUGUGCCAGAAGAGUGGUGGAUAUUAGAGAUCGAGACAGACUCUUGGCAGCAGAAGCUGCUGCAGUGGGCUACCGGGAUCCUAGCACAGCUGAACCUCUUUCAGUGUUUGAGGCAAUGAAGAAGGGAUUAAUUGACAGGAAGACUGGACUACGUAUGUUGCAGGCCCAGGAGUCUGCUGGUGGCAUCCUAGAUCCUAAUCUCAGUGUGUUCCUCCCCAAAGACACAGCUAUAAAGCGUAACCUUUUGGAUGAGGACCUCUUUCAUGCUCUAAACCAGAGUCCUGAGUGUUACAUUGACCCAGACACUGAGCGUGAUGCCAGCUAUGGGACUCUAAAGAAGAGAAGCAAAACAGAGUCUCACACAGGCCUGAUAUUAUUGCCAAUUACUGAGAGGAAAGACCCUUCCAAACUGAUGUUUGAUGGAAUCCGCAAGCCAGUCUCAGCACAGCAGUUGUUUGAAUGCGGAGUCCUUGACAAACCUACACUUGACCAACUAGUGAAAGGGGUCAAAACUGUCCCAGCAGUGUCUAUGGAAAAGAUAGUCUAUCUUAAGGGGACUGGACCUAUUGCUGGGGUGGUAACCGGAUGUGAUGGAAAAAUGUCUUUCUCAGAAGCCAAGAAACAGAUGUUCCUGUCCCUAGAUAGUGCAGAUUUGCUUCUAGAAGCCCAGGCUGCCACUGGCCACAUCAUUGACCCUAAAACCAAUCAGAUGCUGACAGUAGCGGAGGCAUGUGCCAGAGGAGUGGUGGAUAUUAGGGAUCGAGACAGAUUAUUGGUAGCAGAGGCUGCUGCUGUGGGCUUCAAGGAUCCUAGCGCAGCCAAGCCUCUCUCAGUGUUUGAGGCCAUGAAGAAGGGAUUAAUUGACAGGAAGACUGGACUACGCCUGUUGCAGGCCCAGGAGUCUGUGGGAGGUAUUAUAGAUCCCAAUCUCAGUGUGUUCCUCCCCAAAGAUACAGCUAUAAAACGUAACCUUUUGGAUGAGGACAUCUGUCGUGCUCUAAACCAGAGUCCUGAGUGUUACCUUGACCCAGACACUGAGCGUGAUGCCAGCUAUGGGACUUUGAAGCAAAGAUGCAAGACAGAGCCGCAAGCAAGCCUACAACUUUUGCCAGUCUCUGAGAAGUUUGACCCCUCCAAACUACUCUUUGAUGGUGUCCGUAAGAACGUCACUGCACAACAGUUGCUUGAUUGUGGGGUCCUGAACAAACGGACAUUUAAACAACUGAUGAAGGGGGAGAAAACUGUCCCAGAGGUUUCUGUGGAUAAGAUGGUCUUUCUGAAGGGGACAGGGUCAAUUGCUGGUGUUGCAGCUGGACCUUCAGGGAAAAUGUCUUUUACAGAAGCCAAGAAACAGAAAAUUAUGUCCUCUGACUGUGCUGACAUGCUACUGAUUGCUCAGGCAGCCACCGGCAACAUCAUUGACCCCAAAACAAAUCAGAAACUGACUGUAAAGGAAGCAUGUGCUAAAGGAGUAGUGGAUAAGGAGGAUGAAUCAAAGUUGUUUGCAGCGGAAGCUGCUGCUAUAGGUUACAGAGACCCAAAUACUGGCAAGCUCCUCUCAGCAGGCCAGGCCAUGAAGAAGGGAUUAAUUGACAAGGACACAGCUCUACGGAUACUUCAGGCUCAAGAGUCUGUAGGGGGUAUUUUGGACCCUGCCCUAAGUGUAUUCCUAGCCAAAGACAUUGCUCUGGAUAGGGAUCUCCUAGAUCAGGACCUAUCCCAGGCCCUGAAUCGGUAUCCUGAGUGUUAUAUAGACCCAGACACCCAACUAGCAACCACCUAUGUAUCUCUGAAGAAAAAAUGCAAAGCAGAUCCAAGCACAGGUCUUUUGCUUCUCCCUGAACCUAAAAAGCCAAUAACUGUCCAGGGGCUCAGGGGCCAGGUUUCGGUCAUAGACCUAGUGGAUGCAAAUCUAUUAGACCGGUCAGAUAUGGACAACCUGAGGGAGGGCAGAUUGACGAGCCAGGACAUUGAAGACCGUCUGCGCUCCUACUUGAGAGGUUCCACCUGCAUAGCAGGAGUUUAUGAUGAGGACAGUGCCAAGGUGAUCUCCAUCUAUCAGGCCAUGAAAAACGGACUAUUGCGACCUGGGACCACUCUGGAACUGCUUGAGGCCCAGGCUGCCUCAGGUUUUAUAGUUGAUCCUGUCAACAACCAAUACCUGACUGUUAGUGAUGCCUACAAUAAAAGACUGUUUGGGCCAGAGUUUAAGGACAGCCUGCUAUCAGCAGAGAGGGCUGUGACUGGUUACAAACUGCCUGGUACAGACAAGAUAAUCUCCCACUUUGAGGCCAUAGAGAGAGGUCUAGUGGAGAAAGGUCAUGGCAUGCGUCUACUAGAGGCCCAGAUUGCCAGCGGUGGUAUCAUUGAUCCUGAACACAGCCAUCGUAUUGACGUGAAUGUAGCCUACAAGAGAGGUUACUUUGACAAAAAAAUGAACAGCAUUCUGACUGAUGAGAAUGUUAAUACUAAGGGUUUCUUUGACCCCAACACAGAGGAAAACCUAACUUAUCUGGAGCUUAAGAAACGCUGUAUCACAGAUAAGAAAACCGGCCUCAUCCUUUUGCUUAUCAUGAACAAGAAAAAGCUAGAGUCGACGCUGAAGAACACUAUGAGAAAGAGGAGAGUGGUAAUUGUGGACCCAGACACUAAUAAAGAGAUGACAGUACGUGAAGCAUAUGACAAAGGGUUUAUUGACUACGAAACCUUCGUGGAGCUGUCCGGGCAGGAGUGUGAGUGGGAAGAGAUCACUAUCACUGCUCCAGAUGGUUCCACACGUUUUGUUAUCAUUGACAGGAAGACUGGAAGACAGUAUGAUAUUACUGAGCUGCUUGAAACGCGAGUAAUUAAUCAAUCAGAUCUAGAUAAAUACCAAUCGCGUACCAUCACCCUUAAUCAAUUUGCAGAUAUCAUCAGAAACAAGACCAAACAUGAAACAUCCUCAUCAUCAUUAACGUCAUCAUCAUCACCUUCAAGAUCAUCAGCAGCCGCAGGUACAUCUUCAGUGAUAUCAUCAUCAUUAACUUCAAGAACAUCAGCAUCCCCGGCUACAUCAACAGUGACAUCAACAACUUUAAGAACAUCAGCAGCCUCAGUUCCAGCGUCAGUGACAUCCUCAUCGUCAUCAUCAUCAUCAGUCCUGUCAAGACCCUUAUCACCUACUCUCGCCAAGAUGACCACAACAAGAACUACCACUGUCACAGAGCGAAGUGCCACAACCAGCAGUUUAGCCCAAGACUCAACUGACUCCCUUAGGAAUAUAUCCAGUGUAUCUGUCAACCUGGCCUCUCCUGUUGAAGCAGUGGGGGAACAGGAACCCGUGGGUGCCAUCUUUGACACAGACACUUUGGAGAAGAUAACCAUCACAGAGGCUUUGAAUCGAGGUCUGGUGGAUUCCAUCACUGCACAGAGACUGCUGGAGGCUCAGGUCUGCACUGGAGGACUCAUCAAUCCCAAAAAUGGCCAUAGGCUAAGCAUCCAAGAGGCCACCCGCCUGGGCAUAAUAAAUGACGACAUGGCCCCUAAGCUCAAGCCUGCCCAGAAAGCCUUCUUUGGCUUUGAGGAUAUAAAAAACAGGAAGAAGAUGUCUGCUGCUCAGGCCAUGAAAGAGUCAUGGCUACCAUAUGAGGCAGGGCAUAGGUUCCUGGAGUUCCAGUUUGUAACAGGUGGGCUUUAUGACCCAGAAAUGGGCUGUAGAAGAUCCAUAGAAGACGCUGUAAAAAUGGGCUGGAUGGAUGUGAAAGCAGGCCAGAAGCUCCAAGACAUAAGACACCACACAAAGAACCUGACAUGCCCCAAGACCAAACUUAAGAUCUCUUACAAGGAGGCUCUGGAUAAUUGUUUGGAGGAGGAAAGCAAUGGGUUGAAAAUGCUCCAGGCAUCAUCUGUGUCUUCCAGAGGGAUCAGCAGUCCUUACAAUUUUGCCUCUGGCCCAGGAUCCAAUGCUGGCUCCAGGAGUGGCUCACGACAAGGCUCCCGCAGGAGCAGUGUGGACCUAGGCUCCACCUCCUCAUCAGCUUUACAAAGUCAUACUAGUCUCACCACCUUCUACGCCUCAUCCACCAAAUAAAUCAAGAAAAGUUCCUGCACAUUCAUACUCUUGCAAAUAAAUCAGUUUCUUAAAAGUAUACUGAUUGUUUAGAUAGGAACUUGUCUGUGUUGUAUAUGAUAAGACAAAUUCUAAAAUAAUGUUCUUAAACUGUUUGCAUAAUUUUAGAUUUCAGCUUUGGUGUUGCUAUGCUUUUAAAAUGCCAUAGUUCAAACAAAUGAUCGUAAAAACAAACACUACCGAGAUGUUUUUUUGUGGAAAUGGACUAAAGUGUGUUAAGAUAUUCAGAUUUAAAAUAAAGUGGAUGUUGAUAUAAUUGCGGGUGCCUUUUAGAAUUGGAAAUUAUUGCCAUAUUCUUGCAUAUAGUUAGUACAAAUGUCAUUUUCAAAAUCUUCAUGGAAUGUUAUUUCUUUUAAAGCUUUGCAUUGGUAACAAAAUGGUGUUAUGUUUACAUUUAUUUGUCAUCUAAAAUGCCUGUUUUGUGAGGGGAAGGAUUCAAGGUUUGGUUACAUAUAUUAGCUUAACUACGUUUUUUAAUGAAUCAGUUGUUAAUCAUUGUUUUUUGCUCUUUAGUGCUUUGUAACAGUUUCUCAAUAUCUCAAAAUAAAACUUUGUGUUUUGCUUA